CACCGAUUCAACGCACCCCUUGCUCCGCGCACCCGCAUCCCUAAUCACACCGCCAGGUGGGCCCCACCCCUCACCUGGCCCCACCGAUCAGCGACUGCGCAACGGAUCCUAAUCCCGCACGCGCACCCGCUGAGGCCUACACAGGAACGCGCCUCCUCUGAAUUCCAUAGAGUGGUGUGUGGGGGGUUGGGUUUCCUCUUCCUCCUCGUCUGGAAGAGAAGAGACUCGUCGUCGAGCUCGGAGAGUCGGAGGUGAAGCUGAUGGUGGUGGAAAGCCCACCCGCUUUACGGCGUCUCCGCUCCCGCUCCCGAUGCCCUCGCGCCAGCUGCUCCAGGCGCCUCCUCCGCCCCCCGCCGCCGCCGCCUUCCACAACCGGGGCGCCUCCUCCCGCCGCCACUCCGUAGCCGUCGUCGCGGCGGCGGCGGGCGGGGCCGGAGCCGUGGCGGUGCUCGUGGUGGUCGCGGUUCUGUGGUUUUGGUGGAGGCGGAGGAGGGGGAGCAAGGGGAGGCCGGAUGAGGCGAGUGAGGUCGUCGCCGCUGGGAGGCUGCAGCGGCUGUCGUACCGGAAGCUGCGGCGGGCCACGGGGGGGUUCGCGGCGGGGAGCAAGCUCGGGCAGGGCGGGUUCGGCCCCGUGUUCCGUGGCGCGCUCCCGCCGGCCACGCGUGGGGGUGGGGCGGGGAGGCCCGUCGCCGUGAAGGUCAUGGAUGCCGCCGGGUCGCUGCAGGGGGAGCGGGAGUUCCACAACGAGAUCGCCAUCGCGUCCCACCUCCUCGAGUCGGCUUCCGCGCCGGGAUCCCCUCCUGACCCCGGCGCGGACGCCGCUAAGCCCGGUGGGAAGGGGCGGGACACCAUACUUCUGCCGUUCGCGUACUCGAUGUCCGCGGCGCGGGGCGAGGGGCGGCCGCGGCGGAUGAUGCUAGUGUACGACCUCAUGCCCAACGGGUCGCUGCAGGACGCGCUGCUGGGGCGGCGCUGCCCGGAGCUCGUGGCGGAGUGGCCCCGCCGCCUGGCCGUCGCCCGCGACGUGGCGGCGGCGCUUCAUUACCUCCACUCCGUCGUCAAGCCGCCGGUCGUGCACGGGGACGUCAAGCCCAGCAACGUCCUGCUCGACACGGAUCUCCGCGCCCGCCUCGCCGACUUUGGCCUCUCCCGCGUCAAUUCCGACGCAGAUGCGGAUGGCAAGCCGGAGAGCGGCGUGAUUGCGGAAGGAUGCGACGUCAAUGGGAAUGCCGAUGGGGGAUGUGAUGAUGACGCCUCUGUUGUAGCGGAGAGCACGGUCACCACGACGGUGAACGGCGAGGGGAACGGUUGCCCCAAAUCGCCGGAGGAUGACGACGGCUUCACAUCGGCAUCGCCGGCGGAGGCUGCGUCAACUUCCGGGUUUGACCGAACCAGUGUUGAGAGCGGUAAGAACAGCCGCAGCUGCAAUGGUGGCGGGUCACGCACUGGAGGUGCCAUGGGAUCAGGUACUGGGAGUGACUGGUGGUGGAAGCAGGAUAACGGUGGGGGCAGCAAUGGUGUAAAAGACUAUGUGAUGGAGUGGAUUAGAUCAGAGAUCAAGAAGGAACGCCCGAAAAAUGACUGGAUUUCAGGAGCAGCUAUUACCAACCCAACUGCAGACAGGAAGAAGCCAAAGAGGAGGGCAAGAGAGUGGUGGCGUGAGGAGUAUGCUGAUGAGCUUGCAAAAAAGCAGAAACGAAGGGCACUCGCUAAAUCAAGAAGCGAGCAGGCAGGGCUGCAAUGGUGGGAGCGGGAUAUUGACGAUGACUUGGAUGCAAAGGGACGAUCCAAGUGGAGUGUGGUGAAGAGCUGGAGUCGGAGGAGCAAUGGCAGCAGCGGCAAUGGCAAUGGCAAUGGCAGUAUUAAUUGGUGGGUCAAUGGUGCAAGAAGCAGCUGUGAUUGGGCAAGUGGGGAAUUCGUCCCCAAGAGUAGUGGUGCAGUGAGCAGCACACCGAGCAUGCGCGGCACCGUGUGCUAUGUGGCUCCUGAAUAUGGUGGUGGUGGUCCUUUGUCUGAGAGAUGCGAUAUCUAUAGCUAUGGUGUCCUGCUGCUGGUUCUUAUCUCAGGGCGCCGGCCUUUGCAGGUGACGGCCUCACCCAUGUCUGAGUUUGAGAAGGCAAGCCUCAUAUCAUGGGCAAAGCAUCUUGCACGCGUGAGCCGUCUGAUUGAUCUUGUUGAUCCAGCCCUACAGGAUGUGAAUCGUGAUGAGGUUUUGCUCUGCAUUACGGUUGCACUCCUUUGCAUCCAGAGGUCUCCAGCUCGUCGGCCAUCCAGUGAGGAGGUGCUCCGGAUGCUGUCUGGUGAGGGAGAACCUCCACAUCUCCCACUGGAGUUCUCACCAUCUCCACCUGGUGGGUUCCCUUUCAAGUCCCGAAAGAAAAUUCGGUGAGUCUGUUUAGGUCUUACCUAGACGCAAAAGUUAGCUUUAACUUUGUCCGCUAAUGUAUGUGUUCUCUGGUUCAAGCUCCUAUUUUAUGUAUUCUUUUACUCACUACUGUAUAAAGUUCCCUAGGGAAAAAAAGGUAAUGUCAUCUCAAUUCAAAAUUGACAACAACAGUGCCUCGUUGCUCACAUGGGCAAUCACAGGCCCACAUUGUCUUUAUAUUUUUUCUGAAACCUUAAUCACGGACCGAUAAUUAUGCGGAUUUAGUACUAUGGAGAGGACUUCAGUGACCCUGAGGAGGAUGAUGUGUUGUUCACCUUUUGAAAUGGUGUAUCUUGAAGCAUCUUGCUUUUGGAUAAGCAUAGAAGGUAGUGCUUUUCCUGGCCCCCUGGAAUCUGGUAUUUUUUCUUCCUCCUAUGGCGCAGUCCUUGUGUUCAACGAGUGUGCCCACAGCUCACUGAUGUGGGCUUUAAUCUUUUCAUGUCCGGAUAUGCUUUUCUCUUUUUUGCUUUUGUCACUUACUUUUUUCAUGCUUAGUCUAUUCUGCAGGGUUGCUAUUCCUGAUCUAAAGUAUGAGAGUCAACCAGAUGAUUAUGUCUUCUGGAAAGGCUUUAUUGAGGUGGUGCUAGCACUGUUUGGCAUUGUCUGGAUAUUUUGAUGUAGAGACUAUCGAUUUCCAUUUUCACAAGGAAAAAAAACUUUGACACAAUAUACUUAUAGGUUUGCAUGCAUUGCUUUCCAACUGGUUAUUUUGAAGUUGAUGUUGAUAAUGUUGGUUGUGGAAUCCAUCCCCCAUUUGAUGUGAAUGGUUAGGAAUCCCAUCAACAUCAGGGCAUAUAAAGUACCAGGACUUGUCAAAA